CUUUCCUUUCUCUCUCCGACAACGGAAUUCUAGAGAGAGAAAAAUUGCAAAAAAAAAAAAAGGAAAAGAAAAACAAUUCAGGUUCAAUUCACCUGUACCAGACCUUGAAGUCAGUCUCUCUCUCUCUCUCUAUCUAUCUAAAGAUGGCGGUUUUACUCUUUUUUUAACCUCUAAAGAAAAGAAGAAAAAAAUUUCUCCAUGGAAAUGCCCGGUCGAAGAUCCAACUACACCCUCCUUAGCCAGCAGGCAGAAGAGCAACAGCAAGCAGCGGCAGCAUACUACGAGUCGUCUCUCUCAGGUGACUCGAAAAACAACAAACUAACAAUAAAGCAAGAGAGAAGCUUCGUGGAUUGGGAGUCGGAUCAUAGAGCAAUAGCAAAUCAACAGCAAGGAAACAGUAAUCGAAUUGGUCUGUAUCCAUCCUCUGCAGCGAUCGGGUUACAAAGGCAAUCGAGCGGGAGUAGUUUCGGAGAGAGUUCGCUAUCGGGAGAGUAUUACCCGCCGACGACACUGUCAACGGGCGGAGGAAAUGAGAUUGAUCAGGCGUAUGGGUACGAGGAUGGGAAUUUUGUGAGGCCGGCGGCCAGACCUCCCGUGGAUGUAUCUGCUAAUAAUGGAUCGUCAGGGAAGAGUUGGGCGCAGCAAACUGAGGAAAGUUAUCAGUUACAGCUGGCUCUGGCUUUGAGAUUGUCGUCCGAGGCCACCUGUGCUGACGAUCCCCAUUUUUUGGAUCCAGUUCCGGAUGAAUCAGCCUUGCGCUCCUCUACCUCUAACUCGCCAGAGGCCUUGUCUCAUCGAUUUUGGGUGAAUGGUUGCUUAUCAUACUUCAACAAAAUUCCCGAUGGAUUUUACCUAAUUCACGGAAUGGAUCCAUAUGUGUGGACUGUGUGCACUGAUUUGCAAGAUAAUGGUCGUAUUCCAUCAAUUGAAUCACUGAAGUCUGUGGAUCCCAAUGCUGAUUCUUCAAUGGAAGUGGUUUUGAUUGAUCGACGUAGCGAUCCGAACUUAAAGGAACUCCAAAAUAGGGUCCAUGGCAUCUCUUGUAGCUCUAUAACAACAAAAGAGGUAGUUGAUCAGCUGGCAAGACUUGUUUGCAACCGGAUGGGGGGGCCAGCCUGCAGAGGAGAAGAUGAGUUCAUUUCCAUCUGGAAGGAAUGCAGUGAUAAUCUAAAAGAUUGCUUAGAAUCUAUUGUGGUUCCAAUAGGCAGCCUAUCCAUUGGUCUUUGUAGACAUAGAUCUUUACUAUUCAAGGUGUUAGCUGACACCAUUGAUUUACCAUGUCGAAUUGCAAAGGGCUGCAAAUAUUGUAAAAGGGAUGAUGGUUCCUCCUGUCUUGUUCAGUUCGGGUUUGACAGGGAGUAUCUAGUUGACUUAAUUGGGAGGCCUGGUUUUUUAUGCGAGCCUGAUUCCUUUCUUAAUGGUCCUUCUUCCAUCUCAAUUUCUUCACCAUUGCGCUUUCCUCGAAUCAAAUCAACUGAAAGUACUGUUGAUUUCAGGCAAUUGGCCAAACAAUAUUUCAUGGACUGCCAAUCACUUAAUCUUGUAUUUGAUGAUGCGUCAACAGGUACUGUUCAUGAUGGUGAAGCUCCUGGAUUUUCCAUGUAUCCUAAAAAAACUGACAGGACAGACUCGGAAAUAAGUAACCAUGUGCAACUCCCAAGCAACAGCAAUGAAAUUUCUCAGUUACCUCUGCCACUGAAAGUUAGUCGGAUAAGUGGCCAAGAUAGAAACAGUCAACUUUUUAAAUCGUACAAUCCUUCCCAGAAUGAUAAACAAUCAAUGAAUGUGGUCAGAGAUCCAAUCCCAUUAAAGAAAAUCCCACCAGUUAUGCAUAGAGAUGCACAGCCACUUAUAUCAUUUUCUGAUCAAAGAGUUGAUGCCAGUAAAGAUUCCAUGUUUUCUGAAGGUAGUCAACUGCUUUCUGGUAAAAGAAGUAAAGAACUUCCACUUGAUGCGGAGGAUUCGGAUAUUCCAUGGAAUGAUCUUGUUUUAAAAGAGAGAAUUGGAGCAGGUUCUUUUGGAACUGUCCAUCGUGCUGACUGGCAUGGCUCGGAUGUUGCUGUGAAAAUUCUCAUGGAGCAAGACUUUCAUGCUGAACGCUUCAAGGAAUUUCUGAGGGAGGUUGCAAUAAUGAAACGCUUGCGGCAUCCAAAUAUUGUUCUUUUUAUGGGUGCAGUUACUCAACCGCCAAACUUAUCCAUAGUGACCGAAUAUUUAUCAAGGGGUAGCUUGUAUAGGCUUUUGCACAAGUCAGGUGCAAGAGAGGUGCUGGAUGAAAGGCGUCGGUUGAAUAUGGCUUAUGAUGUGGCAAAGGGUAUGAAUUAUCUUCACAAGCGUAAUCCCCCCAUUGUCCAUAGAGAUCUAAAAUCUCCUAAUCUUUUGGUUGACAAAAAAUAUACAGUGAAGGUUUGUGAUUUUGGGCUUUCUCGUUUCAAAGCAAACACAUUUCUUUCAUCAAAGUCAGCAGCAGGGACUCCUGAGUGGAUGGCACCUGAAGUUCUCCGUGAUGAACUUUCAAAUGAGAAGUCUGACGUAUACAGCUUUGGUGUAAUCUUGUGGGAGCUAGCAACAUUGCAGCAACCUUGGAGCAAUUUAAAUGCAGCACAGGUUGUGGCAGCUGUUGGUUUCAAGGGCAAAAGGCUUGAGAUUCCACGGGAUUUGAAUCCUCAUGUGGCUGCUUUAAUAGAAGCGUGCUGGGCGAAUGAACCAUGGAAACGACCUUCCUUCGCCAGCAUCAUGGAUUCAUUGAGGUCAUUGAUUAAACCUCCGACACCUCAGCCUGGUCUUGCGAGCAUGAGUUUGCUUGCCUGAAGGAUUGGAACACCUGCAGUCUUAUUUGUGCACAUAAUACAGCAUUCUUUUGAGAUUGGUGUCUGUCAGGAAGAGCCACUGUCUAAUCGUCUCAGGUGCAAUCCAGCUUGAUAUGCUAACGUUGAAUGAUGCCUGAAUCUAGAGUCAGCAUAACCUUUUCUGCUGCGACAAAUAUUGUUUGCCUAGGUGGGUAAAUUGUGUAAAGUCUUGUAAUUUUGCAUGUAAAGUCUGUAACUUAAAUUAGCUUUAAUGAGAAGUAGCUUCCUCGGCAUUCAACAUUUGAGCACGAAAA